GACAUGAACGCGCUGUGGUCUCGAAGGACUUCACUCUGACACAAUUACACCAAUGGAAUUUGGGAUUUCUUAAACUUUUUCAAUGAAAUCUUCAAAAAGUCCCAUCAAGAAUCAUUAUUCUACAAGCAAGGAAAGUCUCAAAGAGUUUUGGUGGCUGAAGGCGAGCUUAAAAGCCRUUCUCGUGGCCGGGGAAAUUUGUCCGGUGAAAAAUGCCGAUUGCCAUUGAGCGUUUAGAAUACCUUCAACUCUUGAAGUUCCUUCAAUCAGUACGAAAUGAAGACGUCGAACAAAUCGAAAAACUCGUAGCUAAUGGAGUACCUGACCUAAUUAAUUUAUCUGAGCCAGAGCAUGGAGAAACAGGGUUACACAUUGCUGCCUGUAAGAAUAAUGAGAAAAUGAUAUCUCUKCUGCUAUCAUUGGGUGCAAGCCCUAACGUUAUUAACUUCAAAGGACAGACCCCUGCAAUGUGUGCUGCAGAGUUUGGUCACACACAAGCUCUGUUGCUCCUGACUGAUGCUGGUACUAAUUUGACAAUAACAGACAAGGAAGGAAAGGGGAUUAUAUUUAACUGUAUACAACCAACCAAGCGUCAUUUGGAAUGCCUGAAGAUUGUCAUUAAGAAUGGUGCCGAUGUAAAUAAUGUGAGUUUAGAAGGCCUGCCAUUAUUACACGUUGCUGCAACAGAAGGCUUAGAUGAUAUAGUUAGGGAUUUGCUUAAAGCAGGCACUGAUCCUGAUGGCAAACACAAGAAAACAGGUCAGUCUGCUCUGCAUUGUGCGGCAGCUUCAGGUAGUGUUGGUUGUGUGCGUCACUUACUAGAGGCCGGUGCCGACCAUGAUGUAUUGGAUCAUGAAAAUGUACAUGCAGCUCACAAAGCUGCACUGAAUGGACACUUUGAAGUAAUAAGAGUAUUAGCAGCAUAUGGUAGUGACCUGGGUAAAGUCUCCUUGGAUGGGAAUACCCCUCUACAUCAUGCCGCAACCCAAGGGUAUGGACCAAUAUGUAAAUUUCUGGCACAAAGAGGCUGUCCAGCUAGUCUGAAGAAUAAAGAAGGGAAGACACCUAGACURUUGGCUAAAGAUAAUGAACACAAAGAGGCAAUAAAGGAAUGUCGUAAGGCUGAGAAACAAUCUGCAAGACUUAGUAAAGGCGGAGGAAAAGCUGGAGAACCAUAUUCUAUUAGACUUUAUGACUGGUUACAAGAACAUGAGGCAAAGGUGCUGGCAAUGUUUCAACAGUUUGACCCUGAAGAUGAUGACGGCAAUAGAAAAGGAUAUAUUAAUAAAGAGAAUUUUGUAGUGUGUCUACAGACACUGAAUUGUCCUGUAGAAGUUUCAGACUUGGAGAAAAUAGCAGUCGUACAUGAUCCAAGCAAGGAAGAUAAAGUAGAUUAUGGAUUGUUUAUUAGCUGUAAGAAAAUUAUUGGCAAGCAAUUUAUGGUAACCCUUGGAAAGAAAAAGAAGAAGAAAGGAGGCAAAAAAGGAAAGAAAAAGAAGGGUAAAACGAAAGUUCCUCUUCCAAUAUGUACAGCUCCUGAUGGCCCCAGAACAAAGCACGGAGGGCCACCACAGGAUUUGAUAGAAAGAUAUGUGCAUUUUACAGAUAAUUCUAGAUUUGACCGUGAUAAUCCACCAUCUCAUCCUAUACAAGAUGAUUCAGCAUGGUAUCUUAAUUUCCCAGAAACUUCAUAUUUGAAUAUUAGUGACGCUGCUAAAUUAGGCGAUUUAGAGACUCUUAAAGCAGCGUUCAUCAAGGGUACUCCUGUAGACCAACGAGAUAAGUACUACAAGACACCCCUGAUGGCUGCUUGUUCUCAUGGAAACCUAGAUAUGGCUAAGUUCCUACUUGACUUAGGGGCAGAUGUCAWUGGACGAGAUAACUUCAAGUGGACUCCACUGCACCAUGCGUGCCAUGCAGGACAACUCGAUGUCAUCAAGCUACUCUYAGAAAGAGGUGCCGAGCUUGACGCACAGACCAUUAAUGGUGGCACCCCAGUGAUGAGGGCAAUAGAGAGUUCUAAAGAAGAAGCGGUAGAGUUCCUUAUAGCUAAAGGAGCGAAGAUACAGUUACCCAAUAAGAAAGGCCACACUGCUCUAGACGUUGCUAAGGCUUAUGCAGAUCCACGUGUGGUUGCUAUGGUGCAGAAACGUUGGGAUGAGAUACCUCCACCAGUCGACAAGAAAAAACGAAAGGCAGCUCCCAGGCCCAAAUCGGUUGCGCAGUCAAGUGCGGACGGUGAUGGUGGUGGAGAAGCUGCUGACGAGGAGGGCGAUGGUGGUGACGAAGACUAAAAUUAAAUUGACUAAAAGUUCAAAAACCAAAGAGAAAAGGACAGAAAUGAACAUCAAGAUGGGACGAAAAACAAGUUCAACAACRGGACUUCAUGUUCAGACUACUUUUGACAAAUACUGAUACGGAAAUUUAAAAGAGUUAAGUUUAAGAGUGUCGAGUUAUGUGAAACAAUAGAUAUUUGCACGGUUUUGAUCAUUUGUUUUGGUGAUAGGGGAGAAAGUGAGAGAGUUGGAGAGUUAGAGUUAUUUCGGUGGAGUAAUCCAACCCGUUGUUUGGUUAAUUUUACAGGGAAUUGAAAUAUGUGGACAAAAACAAAACGUCUAAAAAGGGCAGUAAUUAUUCUGUCGCGGAAUGAGAUGCUUGAUUGUUCCUAUAUGUACAGUAUAUAGUGUUUUUACAAGCAUCGCUACCUCUAUAAGUAGGAUCAUUUCCAUUCGUAUGUCACUUUCUCGCUACUUCAUUUAGUUAUCCCAAGCCCUUAACUCUGCAGGCUUUCCUCGCAUCCAUAGGACCUCUCACUUUUCAGCAAUUUAAUCUUCCUUUCUUCAUUGGCAAGCUUCUUUUUUUGGUAAAAUUGAAUUGCAAAGCGGAAAAGAAAUUUGAAAACAAACUUGCUAUACUCACCCACCCAACAUGAUAAUGAACAGCCCUUGAAAAAAAAAAGUUUUAAGUCUUUAAAGUAUUUAAUAUAAUAUAAUUCUAUAUCAUUACGAGUUUCUUAGUAGUAUUAUAAGUUUACAGUAAUCUCAAUAAAGUAAUCAUGAUACAAGAUUUCAAGUUUUUUAUCAAUAAAUGUAGCAAUACCAGAUAGUAUGAGUGUCAUCUGUUUUGUCGGUUACCCCUUGUCAGCCAGAAAUAUGUAAUUUAUGUCAGCUAGCCCCAUCAUAAUUCGGGACUGCGUCCCUGCGUGUUAGUGAGGUGGUUUAUCAGUAUGAGAACGAUAUCUUUACAGACUGCAGGAGUAAAGCAUAACAUUUGGCUCGGAUUUAACUUAGGCUCUGUAGACCACGAAAUCUGGUGUCACGUUGGGGUAUUUAUUCGAAAGCAAUGAUCAUCCCUCGCGAUCCAAAAUUGUUUUACCCUCCUAAUAUAUAAUUGACUGGCAUCCCUUCUAAAUUUGCUUCAAGUAACCUAAGUAAACUGUGCCAAUUUUUGUGCUUUCUUCCGCUCUGCGACGAUCUGUGCAUCAUUCAGUCACCUCAUUAUAUAUAUAACUUGGUGUUCGUAUCAAUUCUUUCAUGUUGCGAAACCAACAGAAGAAGUGGUAUUAACAAACGAUGUCUUAUUUCCUUUCUUUGUUAGUAUCACCAACAUAGACUUGGUCAUGUCACUGCCUUUUGACCGCGCUAUGCCAUUUUAUUGUAAUCUAUUUUCACCAUUUUAUCGUAAAUUGUUGCUGAAAAGCCUUUUUAGGAGCAUUCAAUAAAGUAUGUAUGUAUUGCCAUCUGA